GGGAGAAGCAGGGAGCCAGAAGGGAGCAUGGUCCGGUUCCUGCACCAGCACUUCACACACAGCCAUCUCCUGCACUGCCAGAUCCCCCUGUUCAUCCCUGGGCACUCAGGUGACACAAACAGACCCUCUUCAUCACCAUCACCUUGACAGCCAGGGCCAGGCUCCCUGCAAGCUUUUUCUGGGAUUCUUCAGCUGAUUUUUACUGUCAGUGAAUAAGCGCUAGCUGAGCAUCUAACGGGAGAUCUACCACCAACACACAGAAAGUCUGCUACUGUUCUUUCUUUUUUUUUUUGUUACAUUCAUUUCUUUAUUUUUUUCUGCAAUUGUUUUUUUUAUAAUUUCCUCUGCUGAUCACUGGAAACCAAGGAUAGGAGCUGCUUUCCCCUGGAGGCCAUGUGAAGCUGUGGUCGGUGAAAGGUAGCAGAACUUACAUCACAACAGGAAUAACACAAAUCUAACUCUGAAGAAGCAGAAUUUAGCGAUUUAUGAAGGAAAUGUAACUCCCGAAGGAGGUGCUGUGCUGAACUGCAAAACCGCAAAUCAUCUGCUAGAUACAUUAUAUAAGACGUUUUGGAGAGGAAGUAGCUACAGCAAAACACUUGGAUAAUGUCACGGCAGCUUAGCCGUUUCGAGAGAGAUUUCUGUGGAGGUUGGGAGCGAUGGGAGUGGAGCCCUAGCGGUAACCAUGUGAAUACUAGUAAUGUGAACAAUACAUCUAACACUAAUGGCAACAAUAGACCAGGACUACUACCCUUGCCAAUUGUACCAUCUCGUCUUCCUACACCAACAUCUAUGACUUCCGCUACACUGGGCAGUGACGCAGUGACAGGUGUUGCCAGCAAUCCGUCAUCAGCUUCUGCCUCCAAAACCCCACUACUUUCCAAAACUGAGAAACAGGCACAGGGGCAGCUGCAUGCAACCAGCGUAAGAUGGGGACAAACUCCAAUCAACCAGUCAACACCUUGGGAUACAGAGGAGCCCCCAUCUAAGCAGAUGAGGAAAGUUGAAAACCCAGGUACUCCACCUUGGGCCACUACCGUCACUGCAGGCUCCCAGGCAUCUCUUAUCGCUCACACAUACGGAAUGACACAGCCACCUAUAUAUAGUCAAGCUGCCAAUGUCCAGGCUCCCAUCAUUGGUGUCACCCCAACACUGCCCCCACAUGUGGCUCCUCAACUUCCUCUAGUGACAGCUCAUUAUCAACUGCAGCAACACCCACAGCCGGCACAACCAUUGAACAACAUGGUGGUAAAUCUACAAAGCCAAACCAUGUACAGGCAUAGCCAGCCAAUGGCUAUGUCCUCUCUGACUGGGGUUGGUCAGGUUCCUCACCCAGGUCACACUGCUGUUGGUAAUGGCCACAUGACUUGUCCCAUCCUGCCUCCUCCUCCACCUGCUCUGCCUUCAGCAGCAUUGCCUAACGGUGUACCAGCUACAAACGGACAAACUGCUCCCCAGCUCCCUCCCAGCCAAACUACUAUCCCAGACAGUACAAAUGGAGUUCAGAUGCUCAGGACAAUUGGUAUGGGGAAGUAUGAAUUCACAGACCCCUGGUACCCAAAAGAAAUGUUGAAGGAGUUGAAUCAACAGCGCAGAUCGAAAGAGUUUACAGACCUGAAAAUUGUUGUUGAAGGCAAAACGUUUGAAGUCCAUCAAAAUAUUCUAGCUUCAUGCAGCUUGUAUUUCAAGGAGCUGAUUAAAAGGUCAUUACGGGAUUCUGCAAAAAGUGGAGAGAAACUGGAGUUAUCGAUGACUAACAUAAACGCUGAAGUCCUGGAAUUACUUUUGGAAUUUGUAUAUACUGGUUCCUUGAUCAUAGAUUCUGCCAAUGCUAAAAUACUUCUGGAGGCUGCAAGCAAGUUUCAGUUUCACACUUUUUGUAAAGUUUGUGUCUCUUUUCUAGAAAAGCAACUCACAGCCAGUAACUGCCUGGGAAUAUUAGCUAUGGCUGAAGCAAUGCAGUGCGGGGAGCUCUGUAACAUGGCAAAGGCUUAUGCGCUGCAGAACUUCCCAGAAGUGGCAAAUCAGGAGGAGAUCCUGAAUAUUUCCAAAGACGAUUUUGUCACCUACAUUUCAAAUGACAGCCUGAACACCAAAGCCGAAGAACUGGUGUACGAAACCGUGAUAAAAUGGAUAAAGAAGAACUCAGAGAGCAGAGCUCAGUAUUCUGCUGAAUUGUUGGCAGUCGUUCGGCUCCCUUUUAUCCAUCCCAGUUAUCUUCUCAAUGUUGUUGACAACGAGGAACUGAUAAAGUCAUCAGAGGCUUGCCGGGAUCUAGUCAAUGAAGCCAAAAGAUACCAUAUGCUUCCACAUGCUCGACAAGAGAUGCAAACUCCAAGGACCAGGCCAAGACUUUCAGCAGGUGUGGCUGAGGUGGUUGUUCUUGUAGGAGGGCGACAGAUGAUAGGAAUGAAUCAGAGAACGCUAACAGCUGUCACCUGUUUAAAUCUGCAAAUUAAUAAAUGGUACCCACUUGCCAGUCUGCCGUUUUAUGACCGUGAAUUUUUCAGUGUUGUAUGUGCUGGAGACAACAUUUACCUGUCAGGUGGAAUGGAAUCAGGUGUUACGCUUGCAGAUGUCUGGUGCUAUAUGUCUUUACUUGACAACUGGAAUCUAGUGUCAAGGAUGAUUGUACCAAGAUGUCGACACAACAGUCUUGUAUAUGAUGGAAAAAUUUACACCAUCGGAGGUCUUGGAGUAGCCGGCAAUGUUGACCACGUUGAAAGAUAUGACACAAUUAUCAACCAGUGGGAGACAGUAGCCCCACUUCCUAAACCGGUGCACUCUGCAGCUGCCACCGUGUGUGGUGGUAAAAUCUAUGUAUUUGGAGGGGUUAAUGAAGCAGGCAGAGCGGCUGGGGUGUUACAGUCCUAUAUACCCCAGACAAAUACAUGGAGCUUCAUAGAAUCACCUAUGAUAGAUAACAAAUAUGCCCCAGCGGUCACUCUCAAUGGUUUCAUCUUCAUUCUUGGAGGAGCUUAUGCCCGAGCCACUACAAUCUAUGACCCUGAGAAAGGCAGUAUAAAGGCUGGUCCGAACAUGAACCACUCCAGACAGUUCUGCAGUGCUGUGGUCCUGGAUGGAAAAAUAUAUGCCACAGGCGGCAUUGUUAGCAGCGAGGGACCUGCAUUGGGAAACAUGGAAUUCUACGAUCCAAAAUCAAACACAUGGACUCUAUUACACAAUAUGCCUUGCCCUCUUUUUCGCCACGGCUGCGUAGUGAUAAAGAAAUACAUUCAGAGCGGUUAAUGUCACAAAAACUCUACAACCAGAUUUUUUUUUUUCUUUUGGUGUUAUAAACCCUUUUAAGGGCAAAUAUAUUGGCUCUAAAGAGGUUAAUCAUCAAUUUCUGUGCUUUAGCAGCAUUGUAUUUUUAAGAAUUAGGGGAAAACAGACAAAGAACAUUUCCUUUUCCUCUGCAGGUUUUGAAUAAUGUCUACAUUGAAUGUAGAAAUUCAUCUUCACCUUUUGGUGAUGUUGGAGUGUUGGGCUCCAAAUUAUGUAUAUUACUGUAAUCUAAUGAAACAAAUUUGUCACUCAGUACCACAGUGGCACUUACUGAUAGUGUCAUUCUAGGUGCAAUAGAUCUCCAUAUUUUUUACUUUUUAGCAAAUGGGAUGGGUGAAUUAUAUGUAUUUCACAUAUAGAUGUGAGACUUGGAUUUUUUUAAGUGCUUGUUUCCUAAUAGAGUUGCUAGCAUACCAUUGCUGAGAAUAUUCAUAAGCCGUUCAUCUAAACUGGCUCUGCCCAUCCUCAUAAGACAAUAUAUAUAUAUAUUUAUAGCCAGUGGGAAGAGAAAAAAAACAGUUUGUCAAAAUAAAGAAAUUCAGGAUGAUGUGUCUCUAUCAUAUUUUUAUAAGCUAAGCUGUUCAAGAAAAAAUUUUGAAGCUACAUUCAAUACAUAAAUGUACGUGCACAACUGUGUGCUUCUGGUAGUAUAAGUAUGCUAAAGCUGUUAAAUUGAUGAAACACAUAGUAAACUCUUUGGUUUUAUCUGAAAAAUUACAGAUUUGGAGAUUGCAUUAAUGGCUUCUCUAUACUGUUAUGCAAGCCAGGCUGCAGAAUUAAAGAUAAUAUAUAUAUACACAGUGUUUUUUGUAAGAGAAAAGGUGCCGGUACUCACUGAAUAUUGAUUGAUUUAUUGUGCUCAGUAACUUUGAGAAAAGCAAAGGGACAAAGUUAUCUACAAUGUUUGAUAUAUUUUGCAGCCCCCUCUUGUGAAAACUAUAUAUAUAUUUACAUGAUGAUCACAAAUAUUACCUGUUAUGAGAUGGCAGAGGUGGUGGUACUCAGUAAUAGUGAGUGCCCCUUCAAAAAAAGCCCUAUAUAUAUUUUUUUUAUUAUUGUUUUUAUUUAAAGGGACAGUCUACACCAGAAUUUGUAUGGUUUUAAAAGAUAGAUAAUCCCUUUAUUACCCAUUCCCCAGUUUUGCAUAACCAACACAGUUCUAUUAAUACACUUUUUACCUCUGUGAUUAUCUUGUAUCUAAGCCUCUGCAAACUGCCCCUUAUUUCAGUUCUUUUUAAAGACUUGCAUUUUAGCCAAUCAAUGCUGGCUCCUAGGAACUCCACGUGCGUGAGCACAGUGUUAUUUAUAUGACACACAUGAACUAACACCCUCUAGUGGUGAAAAACUGUCAAAAUGCCCUGAGAUAAGAGGCAGCCUUCAAGGGCUUAGAAAUUAGCAUAUAAAGCACCUAGGUUUAGCUUUCAACUAAGAAUACCAAGAGAACAAAGAAAAAAUGGUGAUAGAAGUAAAUUGGAAAAAUUUUUAAAAUUACAUGCCCUAUCUGAAUAAGGAAAGUUUGUUUUGGACUAGACUGUCCCUUUGACUACAAUUAAGAAUUUGCUCUGUACUAAAAAAAAAAUCGGCCACCAAUGAUCAUAGAUUAUUACUACACAUAUACUAAAGUAAUACAUUGGAUCACCCCUGUGAACAUCCAGUAACAUAAAUAUAUAUAUUAUUUAUAGGUCUAACAUAAUAUAUACUCUAUAGGCUGCAUCUGUUAAACCCACUUGGCCGCCAGAAAGGACUGCAAUGUAUUGCUAAUUUUCUAUGCACUGCUUUGUCACCCUCUUCAGCAGCCACAGUGUCAAGAGAUGUUGUUCACAGCUUCCUUUUACUUUUGAAACUUUAAUAAGUUAUCUACAGCUUUGCAGCUGACGCAGAUUUUAUAGCUGUACCUAAAACUGAAGAGACCUGGACUAGGAGAGGAUCUCAGUAAGAAACGUUCACUCAAUAUGUUGGCUGCACAGUUCUAAAGCUGAAAAAAAGAAUUCAACAAAAAAGAUUACUUUAUUCUAAUAAUAAUAAUAUUCUAUAAAAAUUAUCAGGACAUGCCAUCUACUAAUUCCCAUUUAAACUAUCUUAAAUUAACUUUAUAUUUGAAUAAGCAUUAAUCUUAACUUAAAUGAACUGAUUUAUCAACUAGACUUGGGGUCUAUUUAACAAGGGCUGAAUGGCCCCUGUUCCCCUUGUUUCCGCACGAACCUUCAGACUCCCCCGAAAACAGGAGUUAAGAAGCAGCAGUCUUAAGCUCCUAAACUCAUAUGCCGCCUCUGAAGCGGCGUAUAGCAAUCCACCCUAUCAUGUACGAUCAGGCUGAUUGACACCCCCUGCUAGUGGCCGAUUGGCAGCGAAUCUACAGGAUGCGGUAUUGCACCAGCAAUUCACAAGAACUGCUGGUGCAAUGAUAAAUGACGACAGCGUAUGAUGUUGGCAUUUAUCAAUGUGCGGCGGACAUGGUUUGCUAUAGAGGAUCAUGUCUGUCCGCAUAUAUAUAAAUAGACCCCUUGAUCUGUGAAUGAUCUUUCAGCCCCAUCUAGAAACUCAGCAAAUAAAUAUAUUUUUGUUGUUGUAUUUAUUUUUGUACUUACUGCAACAACUAUAAUUUAAUCUAACUUUUCGAUGCCUACACAGUUACUCUUGUAGGUUUGUGAAUCAUAAUGCCAAAAAGGUACUUAAAAGGUUAUUUGCAAUCAUAAUAUGCACAUGAUUAGAUGGAGCUUAUUCACAAAAUGCUAUAAGUUUCUCCUGAUGAUAGCCAUAAAGAGUAUUAUUCUCUAAUUGUAAACCUCUAGAUUUCAUAUAUUAUUGUAUUAAGCAUAUUUUAUAUGUUUCUCAUACUUAAGUGGGUAGUUUUCUUAAAGUUACAUAGCACUGCAAAAAACAUUUUUAUUAAGUUUUUAUUUUCUGUGAAUCUGGCAUAUGAAGAUUUAAAAUAAUGACCUAAAAGGGCAAUAAUAUCAUUUUACCUUAUCUAAUAAAACAUAUGUUCUCCAAAUAAUAAUAUUAAUUACAUUAUUAAUGGACCACCAAGGUACAUGGCAAUAUUAUAGUUAACAGACCCUUCUGUAUAAUACAGAAAAAAUAGUCUACAAGUUAAAAACUAAAAGGGCUGUGGUAAUAAAAUUGUGGACUUGUAUUUUCAAUCUCAUUUAGAAAAUAAUUGAAAAUGGGAAUGCAAUCACUGAUGCAUAGGACUUUGGUCCCCAUUCCAAUCCAGUACAAUUCAAGUGCAGCAUGUCUUGCAUGUAUUUUUUGCAGGUUUUCAAAGCUAUUACAAUCCAUUAGAAAAAACUCACAGUAACCAAAAUUUGCAAAUGCAAUUUUUGUCAGGAUUUUUAGACUUUAUAAAUUCAGCAUCCUUGACAUAUUGAAAAAAAAUGUUUUAAUUAAAUAUGAUAACCAGGAUAUUCAUAAAUAGGAGCAAUUAUGUGCUUUGAAGUCUAAAAUACUAAUUAUAAUUUUUAAGUUUAAAAUAUUACUCACUAUCUCUUACAAAUUUGUGAACUAUGGACUAAUUCAAAAGUUAACUAUCCCAAUAGAUUGGAAAAAGUUAGACAAACAAGAAAAAAUAUCACUUGGUCGUCCAUACAUUUUUAGCACAGGAAUUCUAAUGGAUUGGAUUAGGGGGCUUUAAAAAACAAAUCCAAACAUGUUUUUGUAAGAAUUUCUGCAUACUGAUAUCAUGGCCAUCCUUUCAAUUAUUAUAAUAAUAAUUAUUAUUAUUGUUUAUUUGUAUAGUGCCACAAAAUUCCGUAGCUGCAAAUCCAUCUUAAAGGGACAGUCUACACCAGAAUUUUUAUUGUUUGAAAAGAUAGAUAAUCCCUUUAUUACCCAUUCCCUAGUUUUGCAUAACCAACACAGUUAUAUAAAUCCACUUUUUAACCCUGUGAUUACCUUGUAUCUAAGCCUCUACAAACUGCCCCCUUAUUUCAGUUCUUUUGACAGCCAUCCAUUUUAGCCAAUCAGAGCUGGCUCACUGGAACUCCAUGUGCGUGAGCACAGUGUUAUCUAUAUGACAAACAUGAAAUUACACCCUCUAUUGGUGAAAAACUGUCAAAAUGCCCUGAGAGAAGAGGCGGCCUUCAAGGGCUUAGAAAUUAGCAUAUGAACCUCCUAGGUUUAUCUUUUAACUAAGAAUACCAAGAGAACAAAGCAAAAUUGGAGAUAAAAGUAAAUUGGAAAAUUGUUUAAAAUUACAUUCUCUUUCUGAAUCAUGAAAGUUUAUUUUGGACUAGACUGUCCCUUUAAGCACAAAUGAAUACAGGCCAAGUAGAACAUACUUCGUAGAAAACCAACUGAUAUGUAUUAUGAAUGAUUUUCAUACAAAGGGAAUUUUCUUUUAAACAAUUCAUCUGUGUGAAUAUGUUGUCUAUGAUUCAUUGGUGCCCAUAGGCAAGUUAAAAAGAAAUUCUGCAAGAAUACAUAUUCCUAGAGCAUAAUAAAACCAAUGCAUUUAUUGACUAAGUAGAUCUGCAAUUUUCCCUCAUUGGGAUUAAAAACAAAUACUUAAAAAAUACUUUUUUCUUCUCCACGUCUUUAAGUUUGCUGAUAAAUUCUGUUUACACAUCAAAGCUUAUUUUGACAAACUGUUUAUUAUACAUUGUAUUUUGAAGUAUUGUUUAGGCUAAAAAAUUUACAGUAAAAGUCUAGUCUUCCUGGAGUUCUCAACUAAUUUGAGUUUUCUUCUAUACAAAUUAAAUAUAUAAUUGAAAUAUAUUUUCAAACAGUGUUUUGGACUUAAAGUUUGUUCUUCUAAUGUCCUACAGUAGAUACAAACAUUGCUACCCACUUCAAUACAUAUUCAGAAAUCAUACUGAAAAUGUUUUUUAGUUUUAAAUUGACUAUCUUACUAAAAAAAUAUUUUUAUAUUCAUUUCAAUCUAGUUACCAUAUCAGCGCUUAACACUGACAUUACAUCAGAUCCACAGAAAGUGUCAUUUACAACGAUUGUUGUAUAGUCCAGUGCAUUUAUACAAAAGGUAAUUACAAAAUAUCUAAAAGUGCACACGUUAUUACGAGUGUGUAGAUCCAUCGGGGGUUUCAUAGACAACAGUUUAGGGAUCUUGCUGAUUUAGAGUUUAAAGUUUGGCACCAAAACUGUAUAAAUUGCCUAACAACUCUUUUUGACAGCACUAUCCCUAACACUGUUAUUGGUGCUGGUUAAGUGCUAAAUUUGCUUUUGCUGCAUUGUUUGAAGUACUCUUUUUCCUUUUUUUUUUAUUGAUGAUCUUUAGAAAGAAUAAGCAAUAAGAUCCUUAAAUCCUCAUUGUUUAUAGAACCCAGUGACUGGAGGUAGACAGAAUUUAGUGCAAUAAGGCUCUAAAUCCUACAUACUUUCAAAUAAUGUAAUUCUCUCUACUUUCAGACUUAUGUUGAAAGUAUUUAUCAACUAUCUGAACACUACAACAUUUAUCAAAUCACUCGUAAACACAAUUACAUUCUGAAUGCUACUGUUUAAGGAUAAAUGGAUAGUAAGUCAAAUUUAUUGUCCCUAAAGAUCUUAUGGUGGGUCAUGCAGAAGGUAGAGAAAAUUUUUAUAUACUCCGGAAGAACUGUAUUUUGAUAUUGUCACAAAUUACUAAAAAGAUCUGACUGGCUUAAUAAAAUAUUUACAGAUCAUUUGCAGAUGAUGAAAAGUUUCCAUAUUUGUUUAGUAAUUGUUUCAUUAAAAGCUUUGGUUUUUUGGGAUCUGCUUUGUAUUUGUAAAAUAUUAGAAAAACAAUUUAAAUGUUAUGCUAUUGUUAUUAGUACAAAUACGAUAAAUGUCCUUAAACAUAGGCUAUAUACUGAAAUCUUUUUAAAUAUGUCAAUGACAUUGUUGGUCAUGCACCAUAGAGUGAUUUGGAAGGAGAAAAGUAUAUAUACAGGCUGACAUUAAUACCAGCACUCACGAUUAGCCUCAAGAAUACUUUAGUUCAUACAUAUUUAUCUAUUUCAAUAUAAAUGGAAACCAAAAAGUUUUGGAUGCCAAAUCUGUACACUAAACAUAUAUUUGAAUUGCAUUUUUUAUGCAAUGCUGUUUCUCACUGAUUUGUUGAUGCAAUGACCAGUCGUAUUCUACCACACCAGCUGGAUCUGCAAUAACAAACAUUUUUUUGAACAGGUAAUUCGAUUUUGCAGGAGGUUACCUGUUAAGAUCUUACCCUAAGACUUUGUCAGAAUAUCCAAAACCAAAUCAAGAAAAAGAAUGAGCCAGAGUUUUCCACAUUCAUAUUUUUUGUGGGUAGUCUAAACUUCCACUCACUACCCAAUCAAAUCAUUUCAUAGAUGCAAGUAGUAAUCCAACAUGGAAUAAAAAAUAUUUAUAAGAGAAAGUCCUUAUGAGAAUUAAGGAUUGUAACCUUUCUAUUAUAUAUUUUUUGUUAUAUUUACUCUUUAAAUGAAAAAGCACAACUAAACUAAGUACCUUCUACUUCCUACUAAGGUUGAAUUUUCAGCUGGGAUCACAAGCUUAAAUCGGCUUGGAGCUGGCUGUUUUUCGAGUUGGUGUGUCUCUUACCUCCAAAGGAGGUGCAAGCAUACAAGACAGACUCCGUACAUAUGGUUCUAGUUACAGUCAUGCAUUUACUCACACAGAAACAAAUCUAAAUGUUUCUGUGAAUAAUAGAACAAAACAGGGUUAUCUGUAAUGGUAUUGUACAUAGUUUAUGUUAAUGGUUAAGAUCUUGUUAUAUUACAAUAAAUAUAUUUAUAGACCUAGACUGAUGGCUUGUUCAUUCUUCCAACCACAAUAAAUGAUUUGAAAACAUCUAAAUAAAUUUAAA